CUCUCUCUUUGAAGUCCCCAUCACAAAGAAAGAAAAAGGAGAAAUAGCAGAGAGAGCAGAGUGACUGGUAAAAGUGCAAACACUCCCCACAGUCCGCCCACCAACCAGCGACACUCUCCUCCAUCCUCACAUCCCAUUCACAGGGAGGGAACGCUCAACCUGUCCAUAAAUAAAUCUCCCCACGAAAGAAAGCCCCACACUUGUCGAUCAUAAAAUUCAUACUUCUCUUCAUUCAUUCUCCCCCAAUUCCCAUUCAAACAACAAUCUCCCUUCCCCCCCCGCCGGCGAUCUGAUUCCCCGCCUGUCGCCGACGCUAGUUACUCCCGUAGCUAGCUCAAUCCCCCCACCGCCGGCUACAGUACUGCUCCUGUGCUUUAAGCAUUCCACGUCAUGGCAGAUCUGAAGUCAAUGUUCCUGAAGGUUUAUGAUACCCUGAAGAAGGAUCUCCUGGAAGACCCUGCCUUUGAAUGGAGUCCUGAUUCUAGUCAAUGGGUUGAAAAGAUGUUGGACUACACUGUGCCUGGAGGGAAGUUGAACCGGGGAUUAUCCGUGGUAGACAGCCUCAAGUUGUUGAAAGAAGGAGAGGACCUAACUGAAGAUGAAAUCUUUCUUUCCAGCACCCUUGGUUGGUGUAUUGAAUGGGUAUUGAUUGGACUCAUGCUUCCCCUUUCCGCUUCAAGCAUACUUUCUGGUGCUUGAUGACAUCAUGGAUGCCUCUCACACUCGUCGUGGUCAACCUUGUUGGUUUAGGCUGCCCAAGGUUGGUAUGAUUGCAGUAAAUGAUGGUAUUCUGCUGAGGAACCAUAUUCCGAGGAUGCUCAAGAAACACUUCAGAAACAAGGAUUACUAUGUGGAUCUCCUGGAUUUGUUCAAUGAGGUGGAGUUUCAAACUGCCCAUGGACAGAUGAUAGAUCUAAUUACAACGCUUGAAGGAGAAAAGGAUCUGUCCAAGUAUACUGAGUCACUCCACCGAAGAAUUGUCCAGUACAAGACAGCUUACUAUUCCUUUUACCUCCCUGUUGCUUGUGCAUUGCUGAUGGCUGGUGAGAAACUCGAAAACCAUAUCGAAGUGCAGAACAUUUUGGUUGAGAUGGGAACCUACUUCCAAGUGCAGGAUGAUUAUUUGGAUUGCUUUGGUGAUCCUGAGACUAUUGGCAAGAUUGGAACAGAUAUUGAAGAUUUCAAGUGCUCAUGGUUGGUGGUAAAAGCAUUCCAACUUAGCAAUGAUGAACAGAAGAAACUGUUGCUCGAGAACUAUGGCAAAGCUGAUCCAGGCAAUGUUGCCAAAGUGAAGGCCCUCUACCAUGAAUUGAAUCUCCAGGGAGUCUUCGAGGAGUACGAGAGCAAAAGCUACGAGAAAAUAAUAACCUCCAUAGAAGCUCAUCCCAGCAAAGCUGUGCAAGCAGUUUUGAAGUCCUUCCUGGGCAAGAUUUACAAGAGGCAGAAGUGAGAAGCAGAGAGAUACACCACUCCAGAUCUCCAUUGCAGAGAUGAGAGGGCUACUUGUCUUGCAAGUCUGUAGCUUUUGUUGUAUUUGUAGGGUUUUUUUUCCUUCUGAUUUCCCAUCUAUCUUUGUUUCUUUCGAAUAGUUCCAAUAAACCCAUAUUGUUGUUCCCUAAUUUUCCACUCUAACAAACUGGAAAAGUAGGCAAGAUUUCCUUCUUUAAGUCGUCUUCUCCUUUGACUACCUCUGCACUGAAGUGGUUCAGUUGAUAAGAACCUAUCAUUGCCCAUCAUCAUUUCCCAAAGCUCAGACCAAGUGUUCGCGCAUUUGAAGAACAUCCAUAUCCAAAUCCAAAAUGCUUUUACGGUUCUCGCCAUCAUUUGCCAUAUUCUGUUAUGCUAAUACUAGUAUUCCUUUUCCAUGUAUCUGGGUUGCAGCAGACUUCAGACGCCAUUGCUGCAUAUGUAUCAUCAGAUUCCAAAUGCAAAUGGCUCGUAGAAAAACACAAUCAAGAAGAACAAGCAAAUACAUAAUGUACAGAAACACACACAGCAACAAAACCCAGAAUUUAUUCCACAAACUAACUGUCUUGUAACAUAAAGGAAUGAUCUUUUAGUGACAGUAGUGACCAAACCAGCAGAACUUCCCUCCACCACCUUCACACCCUCCUUCAUCAUCUCUGCUAUGUAUCCACCACAACAUAUUACUAAGCGAAUUCCCAUCGUCAUGGCCAUUCAACCUCUUGGUCUUCUCCAAAGCACUCCCUUUAUCAAACAUCGCUUCCAACGCAUACACAAACCCUUUCCAACCUUCUCCAACUCCUUCCCUCCCCAACGCCGGCAGAGUCCAAUCCACGAGCUCCCUCGCAAACUUCAAAUCAGAGAACACCACUUCAGUGAUCGGCAGCAAUGGCAGCACCUGAAUCCCAAGCCUGCACUCCUUCCAUUCGGGUGGCGCGAACCACAGCCCGCUGUCCCUCUUGCUGGCCCAGAGCACUCCCACCACUUUGUUCUCAGCAGUGAAAUCCGUAGCAUAGAUGGUGUCACCUUCCUUCACAUGCCACCACGUCUGUGCUGCCUGAAUCUCCAUCGCAGCAAGCGAGGAUCCAAUGGCGACGAGAUGGGUGUCUCCAUAAGCUAAUCCCAUCAAAGCAGCUGAAUAAUAUGCAUUCACAGCCUCACUUGUGCUCUCCUGAUUCCGUCCAUCCGCAAAUUCGGUCAGCCCUCCCGCCCAAGAAUGAAGCUUGUACAGAUCGAAGCACCUCAAACGAGUGUAACUCGAAUCCGAUCGCUUUCCCAGGUUCAUGAAAUCGGCCAUUAGAGAGUAAGCUUGUGGCCUGUAUUUUCUCCCCCAGGCCGGGUCGAUCUUGGCAAGAACAGCAAUGCCGUAAAGGAAAUAACCCAGAUGGAAAUGGUGGUCGUUGUAUAUGCCAAACCCGAAAUCAGCACCGGAAUCUGUUAGUCCUUGCUUGGUAACAAUGCCACCCCAUUUGCCAUCAUACAUAAACCCAUUCCCAUUGAAUGUCCCUUCCAGCCAUGGCUCAAUCGUCUCCUUCAAGAACUUCCUUACUGCCGGAAUCACAUCAGGGAAACCGACUUCCUCGGCGAUCAACGCCAAUCUAGCUCCCCUGGCGACCAAUUUGCCGUAGAAGUAAGACGAGGUCGUGGCUAUCGCCGAUGCAUUCAAGCCAUCCACAUCCUUGCGAAGCGCAUCCACGAUUUCAUUGUAGCCAUUGUCUUUGAUUCCCUUAAUCGAAUGCCAAGUCACUGAAACAGGAUCCGAUUUUAGGACCCACGAAUCGCCGGCGACGGCUACGAGGUCACCGUCCAUGCUCCUGUACUUCAAGCCUUCCAUAACGGUGACGUCGCAGUCAUCGCCGGAUAAGAGCUUGAGAUGCAGGGGAUGGGCGAGCAUAAGCAGAUCGCCCCAUCCUUUCUUCUCCCAUUUGUACUCGACGGAGAAGGGCUUGGAGAGAAUCGCCUCCCCGGAAACUGGGUAGCAGGAGCUGAACCGAUCGAGAACGGAUUCGGAUUCGGAUCCCGGGUCGGAUUCGUCGGGCAGGAUCGCGAUCCUCAGGAUGCCGGAGAAUCCGGCGGCGGAGGUGAUUGAAGAAGUGGUGUGGGUCAAAUUGAUUGGAGACGACGAGUAAAUGAGCCAGGUCUGGUUGUUGUUGAGCUUGACCGUGUACUUGUUGAGCGAAUUGGUGGGGGAAGAACACGAGAGAAUGGCGUGAAUGGUGGAGAUUGAAAUGGGCGUGUUUCCGGAGACGGAGCAAGUGAGGAAGGGGCUUCCUCUGACGAGGAAGAAUCGGAGGUUGGAAGAGGGGAAAUCGAGCGUCACGCUGAGGUCGUUGAAGGAGGUGAUGACGUGGCGAUCGGCGGCGGAGGGAGCGGCGGCGGAGAGGGUGAGAUCGGCGUUGAAAACCUGGUAAGUGAAAGCAGAGUUGUGGAAGAUGGAUGGGUAGGAGACGGAGAGGGCAGAGCCGGUGGGUUUGACGAGGUAAGGGUGGAUGUACUCUGGCUGAUCGCCAUUUUUGAGGGUGAAGUUCUGGAAGAAGGAAUUGGUGGGGAGAGGGGAAGAGAGGAGGGCGGUGGAGAAGAAGGCGGAUGGGUCCGGGAGGACGGUGGAGUUCUCCUGCGGGAAGACAAAUGGGAAAGCAGGGCGGCGGCGGUGCGGCGGCGGAGGCAUGAUUGGGGAGAGUAGUAGUUGUUGUUGUUCAGGGGACGAUGGAGAGAAGUGGAUUGGAGAGGGAGGUUUAUGGAAGGAAGGAGCUGGAGGCAGAGGAGGAGGGCUGCUUCUACCGCGUUUCUUGUCGAAUGGCUUAGUGACUAAGGUUUUGACCUUUCUGCUCAGUUUCUUCAGCACCAUUUUCCGAGUGGCAGCUUCUUUAUAUUUGAGGAAACCUGUCAAGAGUGGUUGGUUUGGUUGCAGUUUAUUAUAGUUUAGUUGGAGUAGGUUUGUUUGUGGGUUGCAGGUGGUUUUGUGGAAGGAAAGGCAAUGGAAGGGAUGAAGAAGAUGGGGAAGAAGGUGGAGUAAGGUUGGAUUGGAAGCGAAGUUGUGUGAAGAACAAGGUAGGGUUUUAUUAAUUCCAGUGGCAUUGAAGCUGUCAUGGAGGAUCUAGGGAAGGAGUGAGAGAAUCAGAGAAGCAAGGUAUAUAACAUUUUUGGAAUGCUUGAUGUCAGAGGAAGCUCUCUUCCAACUCUCAAAGUAGUGGAGUGGAGAUGCUCCACCAAGUCUUUUGUUUCUGAGAUGCAAGCUGUUCUGCUGGUAGAAUUUAUGAUUUAGAACAAUGAUUGUUGCUGUGGUUUCUGAAGUCGAACUGUAUGAUGCAGGUAACGAGAAUCGGAAGUAUAGAGAGAAUUGAAUAGAAAUACGUGAUAUAUGAUUGAAGGA